AUGAGUGUGGUUCUGACUACGAGACAGGCGGAGGAACUACACAAAUCCUUAGUCGCCUACCUCAACUCUAUCAACGCCUCCCGCAGUGUCGAAACGAUCCGCGAAGAGCUGCCUAUCGGGGACAACUUCGACGAGGUCGCCUGUAAGAAAUAUGAGGGUCUUCUGGAAAAGAAAUGGACCAGCGUGGCCCGGCUGCAGAGGAAGAUCAUGGACCUUGAGUCCAAAGUCGCCAGCCUGCAGGAGGAACUCGAUUCAUCCUCCAUAAGUGGCCGCUCGCGCGCCAAUCAAGACCCCACCAGUUGGCUUCCGACGACGGCCCGUCACACCCUCUCGUCGCACCGCGACGGCAUCACCGCCAUUGCGUUCCACCCGGUCUUCUCGUCUCUGGCGUCCGGCUCCGAAGACUGCACCAUCAAGAUCUGGGACUGGGAGUUGGGCGAGCUGGAAAAGACCCUCAAAGGCCACCUCCGCGGGGUGUCCGGUUUGGAUUUUGGCGGCCAGAAGGGCCACACGCUCCUGGCGUCCUGUUCCAGCGAUCUGACGGUCAAGCUCUGGGACCCGAGCAACCAGUACGCCAACAUCCGCACACUCGCCGGCCACGAUCACUCCGUGUGCGCCGUCCGCUUCCUCCCGUCCAACGGCAAUCUCCUGGUGUCGGCCAGUCGCGACGGGUCCAUCCGGAUCUGGGACGCGUCCACCGGGUACUGCGUCAAGACGAUCCGCUCGCACGAGAACUGGAUCCGUGACGUGUACCCGUCGUUCGAUGGCAAGUGGCUGGUGUCGGGCGGGCGCGACCAGAUCGCGACCGUGUGGGAUCUUUCAUCUUCCACGCCAGAAGCGAAGGCGACCCUGCUGGGUCACGAGAACUUCCUCGAGUGCUGCAUUUUUGCGCCGCCGGCCAGCUAUGGCUACCUGGCGACUUUGGCGGGGCUCAAGAAGCCGCCGCCGGCGACGAGCUCGGCUGAGUUCAUCGCGACGGGGGCCCGGGACAAGACGAUCAAGCUGUGGGACUCGCGGGGGAACCUGAUCAAGACGCUGGUGGGCCACAACAACUGGGUGCGGGGGCUGGUCUUCCACCCAGGCGGCAAGUACCUGUUCAGUGUGGCCGACGACAAGACGAUCCGGUGUUGGGACCUGGCGCAGGAGGGCAAGCUGGUCAAGACGAUCGACGGGGCCCACGGGCACUUUGUCAGUUGCAUUCGGUGGGCGCCGGCCCCAGCGACCGAGCCGCCUCCAGAGAACGGCGACGCCAAUGCGGCACCGGCCAAGAAGGUGCCGCCCAAGAUCCGAUGCAUCAUCGCUACGGGAAGUGCCGAUUCGAGUGUCCGGGUGUUUACGUAG